UUCACUUGUUUUUGCCCUGAUGUGAUUUAUUAAUAAAUUCAAAUCAGGCAUCAUAAGUAUGAAUAAUACAGUCAGCGUUUGACGAUAGAAGAAAAUGGCGUCCAGAUUUCUGUAAUAUGUUUGACUUUUAAAGGAUCGUACAUAAGUAUACAAAAUUUCACUCUAUUCUAGAACCAUGAUCCGCGCCUGUCUUCUUGUCAUUUUGUUUGCUCUGACAGAAAUCCAUGGAGAAUUCAUUAAGAUGUGUUACUACAGCGCCUGGGCUCUAUACAGAGACGGCGACCAGGCGCUGAAACCAGAGGAUGUGGACGCCUUCCACUGCACUCAUCUCGCCUUAGCCUACGGCACUAUCGACGAUAGCGGCAAAAGAAUUAAGUUCCCAGAUUUGUUUGAAGAUAUGCACUUGCCUGAAAGAAUGAACACGUUACGUGACCAUAACGAGGACCUGAACAUGGUUCUGUCCGUGGGGGGCUGGACAAUGGACAGUGAGGCGUGGUCUAAUAUGCUCAAGUCUAAAGAAAACAUGGAGGAGUUUGCGAGGGAGGCCACUAUAUUCCUCAGGUUCCACGACUUUGACGGGAUCGACUUAGACUGGCAGUAUCCAGCUUUUAGAAAGAGCUCGGCGGAAGACAGGGAACGAUUUGCCGACUUUAUGGAGAUAAUGCGUCACGCCAUAGAGACAGAACAUGAACCUGAUAGUAAAUGGUCAUUGUCCCUUUCUCUUUCCGUGGACCCUAGCGCCUACAGGGUCAUCAACUCAUAUAACCUUAAAAGACUGGCCAGAGAGGUGGAUUUCUUUAACCUGAAGACUUAUGAUCUCCAUGGACAUUGGGAUGAACCUCUGGCCGCCGUCCACCAUAGUCCACUAUCUCACGCUGAAAGCCCUAUCAAUGUGAACACUUUGGCUAGGAGUUGGGCAGAAGCAGGGGUCCCAAAAAACAUGUUGGUUUUAGGUAUUCCUUAUUAUGGUCGAUCGUACAAACUCCAAAACCCUAACAUUACCAUGCCAGGGGCACCUGCUAUAGGACCAGGCUCUGACGGAGGGGAGGGAAUACCCGUUAACAAGAUAUGCCAUAUUAUCAGAAGUGGCGUCCAAGAACAAUACAUACCAGAACAAAAAGUACCCUACUAUGUAAUGGGGGAUGAAUGGGUUGGGUUUGAUAAUCCGAGAAGUGUACGGGAAAAGGCGAUGUUGGUUGCUUCAAAUCAUCUUGGUGGAGUUGCAUUAUGGACACUAGAUCAAGAUGACCAUCGAGGUGUCUGUGGUGAAAAAUGGCCAAUUACUUUUGAAGUAAUUCACGGUCUCGGGCGCGCGGAAUAUGUGGAUUAUGUAGCAGCCAAACAAGAGUCACUCCGCACCCUUAUCAAUCAUAAGAUCUCCCAUACUGCCAAAGAAAUAGGUUACUACUCUGAUACUCAUAAUCACACAAUGGCUGCCAAGAAAGAAGCAGAACUGACACAGCUUUCGAAUGAAUUAGCCAUUCUUCAAGAUCAGCAACAAAAGCAGUGGAGGCAAGUACAAGCUGCAGCAACAUUAGGCGGGAAGCCAAUCCCACCUCUAGAUAAACCAUCAUGGACAAUAUGAUAUUUAUUAUUGUGAACUACUUUUUUUAUUUGUGAUAAAUUGUCGUUCUUUGUUAUAAGGCAAAUAUAAUUUUGUCCUUUGUAUGAUGUUAUAACCAUACAGAAUGAUUUAUUUUUGUGCCGAUAACAAUUCUUUGACAAAUGUGUUCAGACAGUUUCUCAAAAUCAAUAAGAAAAUACAGAUGUCAUUGCUUUACGGAAUACAGAUCAUAAUCAGCCAUUUUAGAGAUUGCAUCAGACAAUAUUGAUUAUACAUUUUACCUCUGUUUAACAAAACUGUCUUCUGUACAUGAUCAUGCUGCAACUAAAGAUGAAAUAAAAUAUUGAUCCAUAA